AUGCCAGAGCAGCGCAAGCAACACCACACCCUUUUAGUAACGCAGGUUGAAGACAUCGUUGCUGAACACAAAUUCGUAAAUAAUUAUUUUAAGCUUCUUCGAAUAUUUGCUUACGUUCAACGUUUCCUCGACAAACUUCGCAAAUUACCAACUGAGCCUGGCGCCAUAACCACUCCGGAAUUGAACGACUCUUUGAUGCUAGUUCUUCGCUACCUUCAGCAACAAUACUUUCCUCAAGAAUACAAGGCGCUUCAGAAAGGCAGAAUAAUUCGCGUUGGGGGGAGAAUCACCAAUUCAUCACUGCCAUUCGACGCUAAGCACCCCAUUGUACUACCGAGGUCGUUCGCACUAUCAUCGAACAUUUCAUCGUCGUCAUUCGCACGCUGGGUGCCAAACGCUGCUGAGCAUCGUAAGAGACAAAUUCUGGGUCAUAAAUGCUCGCAGCAUAAUAAGCUUCAAGAGCAACUCAUGGGAGCGCUGCCACGGGAGCGAGUUGAACCGUCACAUCCAUUUGCGGUAAGGGGCAUCGAUUAUUGUGGACCUUUUCUCAUCACACAACGCGUACGAGUCCAUCUUGAGCUUGUUCCUGACUUGACUACCAUGGCGUUCAUAGCUGGUUUAAAGCGCUUUAUCGCCCGUCGUGGUAGAUGCCAUACGAUGUUUUCCGAUAAUACGACAAAUUUUGUAGGGGCGAAUCGCGAGCUUAAAGAGAUGCUGACAUCAUUCAAAUCCCAACAACACAUCGCUGCGGUUGAGGGCUUCAUGGUUGAGGAGGGGAUAAUUUGGAAGUUUAUUCCCCCACGUUCGCCUCACUUUGGGGGGCUAUGGGAAGGCGCUGUGAAGCAAGCCAAAUUCUACCUACGUCGUACAGUUGGAACAAAUAUUCUAUGCUUCGAUGAGCUACACACGGUUUGUUGCCAAGCCGAAGCCAUGAUCAAUAGCCGACCCUUCACACCAUUGUCGAGCAGCCCAGAUGAUCUUCGUGCCUUAACUCUAGCACAUUUUUUGAUAGGUCGAAGUUUAACUGAUAUUCCAGAGCCAUCUUUAUCACACAUCAAUAUGGGUAAGCUGAAAAGGUUUCAAGUUAUCCAGGCAUUACAGCAGCAGUUUUGGCAGCGAUGGCAAGCUGAAUAUUUAAGGGAGUUGCAAGUGCGAACGAAAUGGCGAAUAGCCCGAGAAAACGUAAGGGUUAAUGAUUUGGUGCUCGUAAGGGACGAGAAUACCCCACCAUUGAAAUGGCCAUUGGGACGCAUUGUAGAAACAGUGGCAGGUGAUGACGGCAUGGUACGAGUCGUCGUAGUACGGACUGCCGAUGGGACUCAUAAACGAGCAGUUGCCAAGAUUUGCAAGCUGCCUAUCGUAUCACCUACAGAACAGGAGUAA